AUGGCCCGGGCAUCCCCGCCCCGCAGCCCCCGCAGCCACGCAGGCUCCGCGAGCCGCCCCGCCUCCCGCCCGGCUCUUCUCCCGGGCUGCGGGGCCGCUGGAGCGGAGGAGGAGGAGGAGGACGAGCCGCGCCAGACCCGCCUCCCCGCCAGCGCAGGGCUGGAGGAGUCCGUGCCCCCCCCGGCCCACUGGGGACCCACCGAGCUGCGGUCCGAGAUGCAGCUCCAGGACCAGAGGCUGCGGGAGAAGCUGCUACAGCUACACGCCGGCAUGCAGGACCUGAAAGCGGAGUGCGCUUACUGGGAGCGUUCAGACCCCAGCAGGGAGCCCGUGAGCACCAGAGCUCGGUCCAGUUCGGAGGACAUGGGUGUGCCGGCCCCCACAGACAGCCCGACUUCUCCGCUGAAAGGGGAGACCAGCAGGAGGAACUCCGUCCCCUAG